AUGUCGUCACACGGCCGCAGCACGUCCCGUCGUGCCGCUGGCAGCGUCGCCGCUCGCCGCGCGGGCGCCGUCACCGCCGUGCGCGCCCCCGGCCGCGCCGCCGUCCGCGCGUUCGGCGACGUGCGCGCGGCGCGCCUGGCGUCCCGGCCCCGCGUCGCUGCUGCUGCUGGCAACGGCUCCCCGGCGGACGUCGAGAACGUGGUCAUCAUCGGCUCGGGCCCCGCGGGGUUCACCGCGGCCAUCUACGCGGCCCGCGCGAACCUCAAGCCCUUCCUCUUCGAGGGCUACACCGCCGGCGGCGCCCCGGGCGGCCAGCUGAUGUCCACCACGGAGGUGGAGAACUUCCCAGGGUUUCCCGAGGGCAUCACCGGGCCGGAACUGAUGGAGAACAUGCGCAAGCAGGCGUACCGCUGGGGCACGGACCUCGUGGUCGAGGACGUGGCCGAGGUGGACUGCUCGCAGCGGCCGUUCGUGGUCAAGGGCGCGGACGAGACGGUCGUGAAGGCGCACUCCAUCAUCAUCGCGACGGGCGCGGUGGCGAAGAAGCUGGGGAUCCCGUCGGAGAACAAGUUCUGGUCGAACGGGAUCUCGGCAUGCGCGAUCUGCGACGGCGCGUCGCCGCUGUUCCGCGGGAAGGAGGUGGCGGUGGUGGGCGGCGGCGACAGCGCGGCCGAGGAGGCAGUUUACAUGACCAAGUACGCGUCGCACGUGCACCUGCUGGUGCGGGGCGACAAGAUGCGCGCGAGCAAGGCCAUGGUGGACCGCGCGCACGCCAACCCGAAGGUCACGGUGCACUACAACACCACCGUCGACGACGCGUACGGCGGGGAGCACAUGGAGGGCCUCACGCUCAACGCCAACGGUGAGAAGAAGGACCUGAAGGUGGCGGGGAUGUUCUACGGCAUCGGGCACACCCCCAACUCGAGCUUCAUGAAGGGCCAGAUCGAGACCGACGAGACGGGCUACGUCAAGGUGGACCACCGCGGCAUGACGACCGUCGAGGGCAUCUUUGCCGCCGGGGACCUGCACGACCACGAGUGGCGGCAGGCCGUCACCGCGGCCGGCGCCGGGUGCCGCGCCGCGCUCGCCGCGGAGCGCUGGCUCGUCGAGAACGACCUCGCCACGCAGUACAGCACCGUCGACCGCAUGGCUGACUCAAACGACACCCCCCAGGCCAAGGAGGAGCCUGCGGCGGCCGAGGCCGCGAACGGCGGCGCCGAGGACGGCGAGCUCCCGGGCUUCAACCCCGACGGCCACAAGCACAGGGGCGGCGUCGCGCUGCGCAAGUUGUACCACGAGUCGGACCGCCUUCUGCUUGUGGUCUACACCAGCCCGACAUGCGGCCCGUGCAAGUCGCUGAAGCCGAUCCUGAACCGCGUCGCGGACGACUACCCCGAGGACAUCGAGUACAUCGAGAUCGACAUCGAGGCGGACCCGGAGAUCGCGCAGGCCGGGGGGGUGAACGGGACGCCGACGGUGCAGCUGUUCAAGGACAAGGCGAUGGUGCAGAGCCUGCCGGGCGUGAAGAUGAAGGGCGAGUACAAGAAGAUCAUCGACGGCGUGCUCGCGGGCAAGGUGGCCGCGUGA